CUAACUCCUCUCAUCACCAAGCUUUGUUUCAUUUUUACAUUCACAUCAUGUUGCGUGUUAUUGUGGUAGGCUGACAUACUGUUGGAUGAGACAAGCUUUUCGGUUCAUAUUUGGCAUUUUUUUAUUGUGUGUUGUGGACAUAACGCCUUGGCUCUGUCUAUAAGGUGGAUGCAAGUGGCUAGCUGUUGAAAGCUAACAUCUCUGCACAUUUUAGUCUUCCGUCUCAAUCAUAGUCUGUGGACUCAGUAUUGAGUUAGAACAUAUUCAUAACAUCGAUCAUAUAGUCGGUGGAAGACUGUAGCAAAGGGCCUCUCAGACAAACUAUAUUGACUAUAUCACCCAGAAAUUAUAAUACAUCUUUUUACAUAUAUAACAAAGAACAGACAUUGCGUUUUACAUUAAAAUAGCAAUACAGCAAAAAUAUGUUCUGCCUUGUAUUCUGUCAUUUAACAUUAUGAUUACACAGAUAUUUAUUGAUGUUAUCAGAUACUUUAAAACCAAAUAUUAGUGCAUGAAAUAUGGUUUAUAAGAGACUGGAAAGCAAUAUAAGAUGAGCCUUUAUCUGUGCCACAGUUAUCAAGAAGACUAAACAAUAGACCUAAAACCAUAAAUCAUGAUGUCUUAAACAUAAAGAGUAAUAGUAGACUAAACCUAGAAGGCAACCAGUGAGAUGAACACAGCGGAGGACUGGGGCCUCAUUCUGGACAUAUGUGAUAAGAUAGGACAGUCACGCACUGGGCCAAAGGAAUGCCUUCGCUCUGUAAUGAGACGGGUAAACCACAAGGAUCCCCAUGUGGCCAUGCAGGCUCUUACUCUUCUUGGAGCUUGUGUCUCAAACUGUGGCAAAAUCUUCCAUUUGGAGGUGUGCUCUCGAGAAUUUGCCAGUGAAGUCAGUAGUGUUUUAAACAAGGGUCAUCCUAAAGUUUGUGAGAAGCUGAAGGCUCUUAUGGUAGAGUGGGCAGAAGAUUUUCGUAAUGAUCCCCAACUUAGUCUGAUCUCAGCCAUGAUCAAAAACCUACGAGAGCAAGGAGUCACUUUUCCUGCAGUGGGUUCCCAGGCUGCAGAACAAGCAAAAGCAAGCCCGGCUUUAGUGGCAAAAGAUCCAGCCACUGCAUCCACCAAAAAAGAGGAAGAAGACCUGGCCAAAGCUAUUGAACUGUCCCUGAAAGAGCAGCGUCAGCAGCCUCAGACCUCCCUGUCCAGCCUGUACCCGAGCACCUCCAGUCUGCUCUCCUCUCACAAGUCCGACGGGAGGAAAGUUCGUGCCAUCUACGACUUUGAGGCUGCUGAAGACAAUGAGCUCACCUUUAAGUCUGGAGAAAUCAUUACUGUUCUAGAUGACAGCGAUCCAAACUGGUGGAAAGGGGAAACAUAUCAGGGGGUGGGUCUUUUCCCCUCCAACUUUGUGACAGCUGAUCUGACGGCUGAGCCUGAAAUGAUAAAGACCGAGAAGAAGUCUGUGCAGUUCAGUGAAGAAGUCCAGGUGGAGACCAUAGAGCCAGAGCAGGAGCCUGUGUACAUAGAUGAAGAUAAAAUGGACCAGCUACUGCAGAUGAUUCAGAGUGCAGAUCCCACAGAUAACCAGUCAGACAGUGUAGAACUCCUCCAGUUAGAAGGUGCUUGUAAUCAAAUGGGACCUCUCAUUGACCAGAAGUUGGAGGACAUAGAUCGGAAACACUCAGAGUUGUCGGAGCUCAAUGUAAAGGUGAUGGAGGCUCUGUCUUUGUAUGCCAAGUUGAUGAAUGAAGAUCCAGUUUAUGCCAUGUACGCCAAGCUGCAGAGCCAGCAGUACUACAUGCAACAACCUGGAAACACAACACAACAGGUGUACCCGGGCCCGCCUGCCCCUGGGUCUUAUGGCAUGAGCGGCCCUGCAGUUCAGGGUUACACUGUUCCUAUGGAGCAACUCCCAGCUGGAGCGCCUAUUCCAGGACAACCAGCCCCUAGUGAUGUUCACAUGUACAUGGGACAGCCUCCAGUCUACACAGCGCCCCCUGGCAGCAUGCCCCCCUCUGAAGUCCAGUCCUACCAGAACCCAGCCACUGUUCCGGGACCAGCUCCAGGCCCCAACCCCCCUGCACUCACACAAACUCCUAACUACAGUGCCCCCUCUGGUCACAGCAUAGCACCUUCAGACGCUGCACAAGCCCCUUACCUUGAGAAGGCCUUGUUAUAGGUCUCACUGUUAGGUUUGUUCACACACCACCCUUCAGGCCUGAUCAAACAGAGGUUUAGAAUGACGCCUGUGUCUUUAAUUUCAUGUUAGAAUUGUUUUUUGGGGGGCAGGGUGGUUGGAGUGCUCCUGCCUCUAAGCAAAGCUGUUUGUAAAAUUCUCAGGCACACUAAUAAUGACGUCUUUGUUGUUUUCCCAGUGUUAUCAAGCAUUCUGAAACUUCCCAGAACAAUGAAAACAAUGACAAUUUAAGAUGGAAUUAGUAUCCAGGUGACUACUCAGUCACUGAUUAAAAUUAGCUGUUGAUCAGGUCUGUCCACCUUAAGUAACUUGGAUUUGUUCAAGCCAUAUUUAAGACCCCUCAACUGGAGAAGUGAAAAAGGUAAAUGCAUUUACUUGGGUGUCAUUUUAACAUAUUUGUAUAUUUUAUUGCUGCACUUUGGUUUAUUUAUCAUUUUUCAUUGUUUUGCAACCUCUUUUUGAUCGGCCCUGAAAGAAACACUGGAUUCAUAAUACACUACAAGGCAUACUAUGGGAAAAGCAUCUUCUUUAGUAUGUAAUAACUUAACUACUCAUACACUAACUGAACAGUCACUAGGGGGCAGCCUUCUCACUCACUCCUCAGACAAAAACAGGCUACGGAUCGCAAAGGCUUAACAUGACGUUUUUAUUCUAAUGAUAAAAGGACUUGUAUGAUUAUUCAAAAAUAGAUUACUUCUCUGUAUAUGUUGUUCACUUUUAGAAGUACUGAAAACUGACGCCACUUUUUGUUUUUUUGGAGGGAAAAAUCUCAAGAAGCAGCAUGCACAACUCUUUUGUAAAUACUGUAAUGACUUGGUAGUGACCGCAAAUCAAGUGUGUUCAAUUGUCAGCCCUAAGGUGGACUAUUUUAUGUUGGUGGUACUGACUGAAUCAAAAAGAGACAUGCAAGUGCUUAUGUUCUUUAUAUGGAAAAAAUAUAUUAUAAUGUAUACACUACAGUACUAGAUAAUGAUACAAUACAUUUGGACUUCUAACUAACCUGAAUUUUACAGUCAAUCGUUCUCAAACAAUUUCUAUUCUACAUAGUUAUUUCUUAUUCAUGGGUGUCAGGCAAAUAAUUCCUUCCUGAUUUGACGUUUUUUGUGAGGACCUUUCCCUAAUCAAAAGAUAUAAAAUUUUGGUGAAUUGCUAUGUCCACUGUUGCCAAUGCAAUUAAGCUUGAAUACCCAUGAAUACUAUGGUACCAAAACAAAAUUUGUUGCAAAACAGAGCAUUAGCAUUUGCCAAUAUUGCAAUACUAAGAAUCAAAUUACAGAGUCUACUUUUUGUAAAUUGAAUCUUACGGCUGGUUGGUCACACUUGUAUCAGAGGAGCAUAGAACUGGCUGAACCCCAAGUGUUGAAAACAUUUGUGUUUCAAAACAUCAUUUUCGUAGUGCAUUUUAAUUUAUGGUUUUGAUUGUUAUGCUAUUUUUAAAUGCAGAAAUCUUGCGGGAUUGAUGUAUGUAUUCACAGAGCAGGCAUAUGAUGUAUUAUUUAGUUGUAUAUUUUUAAAUGACUCGAGACAUGUCUGUGUUGUACCAUAAGGUCAUAUGUGAAUAACAAGCCACACUCAAAAUUUUAGAGAGCAAAUUUCUGGCAAAUUUGUCAGAUUUUGUUGACAUCUCUAGACUCUGUCAGUUACAGUGUUGAAGCUUUAAGAACAAAAUUUUCAAAAACUCACCCUUUCUCAUGUCUAAAAAAGGCUGCUUCUCGAGUUGUCUGCAAGUAUUGAUGGAAUUGAAAUUGCAAAGUAAAUAUUAUGUUCUCGGUAUAAUGUAUAAGGAUGCACAGUGAAGGAAGAGUAAGAACAAAAACUUGACUUUUUAGGAUGUUGUGUUCUCAAUUACAUUUCAUUAUAACACUGUUUUUCCCCUUUUUAAUGCAACCACUAAACUACUCAACCUAGACUGGUCAAACGUUACAAAUUCAUAGAAAAGUCAAUGCAUUUCUGUUGCUAAUUUUAAAGACUUUAUUUAAAUUUUCUGGUAAUGUAGAUUUUUUUUUGUUUUUCAUUCGUUAAUGGUUAAUAUUUAUCAUGACUAAUACAAAUCCAGUGAAUUAACUUACAAAUAAAAGACUAAAAUGCAUUGACGUUUCCAUGAUAUGAUAAGGCUGAUUUAUUGUUGAUUUAAGAAUGUUUUGUACUGCCUUCCUCUGGUAUAAAACGAGCUAAUAAGCAGUUGUAUGUAAGAUGGUAUGUGAUAAACUUGCAGGUAUUGUGGGACCAUUAUUUGACUUGGAGCCAGUCUAUAUCACACAUUUUGAACAUUUAACAUAUUGUACAGGAUCCUGAGGCUUCCUGUUUAAGUUAAUGUUGAAAAGGAGCAUCUCUUUAUUGUACAAGUACUGUCUAAAGUUGUACCCCGCUGUUAGUAUGUAUUAUUUUAACCAUACUUAUUAAUUGGUAUUGACAAUAAAAACAGGCCAAAUGUA